AUGGCUGCCACCGACUCCAAGCCCGCGCUGUCUACCCUCAAGACGCCCAUGUCGGCCACAUACCCCUCAGAGCUCCGCUCGCCCAUGGUCACUUCUGCUACCACGCCCAUCUUUGCCACUAUCAAACGGGAAGACUCGGACAUCAAGACGCCAAUCACUCCCCCAACAGCCUACCUCGAGUUCCUCAAGAACCUGUCGCCUGUUCUCUCGAGCCCCAUGUCCACUGGCACUAGCUGCAGGUUCGUCUUUGGAGAGAGCCGCCCCACUUCAGUCACCUCGUCGGCCUCGAGUGCCUCCUUUACAUCAACAUCGGCCCCAUCAGACAAGGACUCGCCAGCAACGUCAAGAUCAAACAGCUGCGGUAGCUGCGACACCUCAAAGGACGAAGCAAAAGAGCCAAUGUCUGCCCCGCCAACAAAGGUCCAAACCGUCACCAUCCCACCCCCAUCACCCUUUCGGCGGCAUUCAGCGCGGACACCCCGCCUCUACAUUCCCCAGUCACCCUACUCGCCUGCAGCGGUAAGGUCCCCUGCCAGCGCAAAGUCAAUCCAGUCACCCUACUCUGCCGUCUCAUCACCCAAGACAUGGGAGGCAGAUAAGAAGACUGGCCGGUCAAGGCGGGUCAGUGUGCGCGAAGUGGUGACGAGGACAGUGACUUACAGUCGCACCCCCGUCGACGCAAAAGCGCCACACUUUCCGCAAAUCGACCCCGCACCCCGCGGCAAGAGGAGAAAAGUCGAGUAG